GAAGUUUUGUGUGAAUGCAAAGCUGUGUAAGGCGGCCUGCCAAUAACAAAGGCGUGGCGUUGUUGUUACCCUGAUGAUUGUAUGCUCGGUGCCCCAGCUGGUUUACAUACGGGGCUUUUAAAUAAACCCGUCCAUGGAGUAGCGUCGUAACAGGUGAACUGCUCAAGAGGACUGGCAAACGCUCAGAAAUAUUAUUCAGGUGGACGACAUGAUGGUGUCGCACGAGCAGCUGGGGUUGGUUGACUGACCACAAACCAACGGUUGCACUAAUUUGACCAAGUGUUUCCAUAAAAUGGAUUGUUAAAGACGGCAUAUUGUACGGGAAGAUCAGGAGAUUUGAUGCAGUCCCUAAGAUUCUACAUAGUGUGAUCUGUUGAUGCCAAGAUGAAGCAAGGGCGUUUUUCUGGGAUUACAUUGGUAAUUUUUCUGGCACUCGUCCCCAUUGCUGUAUCACAGACAGGGAGCAAUGCGGGACGACGGUUUGCUUUGGCAUUUAUGGAAAACAAGAUUGAAAAUCCAACAAACCAACCCUUGGAAUUACACGUUUCUACAGAAAAGUCUAAUGUCCAAGUUACUGUGACAGCCCCCAAAUAUACUGGGACUGCUAUAAACACUACAGUGUCGCUGAAUAGUCAUGAAGUCAGAAUCAUCACCAUACCAAAUACUCUUCGAAUGGAAGGCUCAAAAGUGGAAAACAAGGCGAUCUUAGUCGAAGCAACAGACGAUGUUGUCGUUUAUGGAAUAAAUCGAGAGCCAUUUUCAAAUGACGGGUUUUUGGCUCUCCCCGUCACCGCCCUUGGUCGUGAUUACUACGCUGUGACCUAUAGUCCACCCACAGUGAAAACAGAGCUCGGUGUCGUCGCAAUCCAAGACAUGACAUUUCUGCAAAUCACCUUGCCAUCAAGAGCUGGUAUGGUAGCCGAGUUUGAAGGAACUAAUUACACCUCAGGUCAGGUGAUAUCGCGAAUAUUGAACUCUUACCAAACACUUCAGCUUCAGAGUUGGUUCGAUUUAACGGGUACACACAUUCACGCAACAAAUUUUGGCACGGGCAGGGACAUUGCGGUGUUUAGUGGGAAUAUACGGACCAGCGUUGGGACGGGUGAUUCUAGAGACCAUUUAGUCGAACAGUUGCCCCCUGUUACCGCGUGGGGCGACACAUUUGCUGUGGUACCUAUUCCUGGCAGAACGUCGAUAGGCGAUUUGAUAAAAAUCAUCGCUAGCGCCGACAACACCAUUGUAGAGACCAGAGAGUCCAACAUCGCCAGACGCAUCCAUUUUUUCAGUAGAGCAGGUGAUAGCAAGAAUAUUACAACCAACCCGAAUAGUUACCUUUACAUAAAUUCAACUGCUCCAAUAUUAGUGACACAAAUUGUAUUUAGCCAGUUGUCCUCCAAUGAGCCUGCCGAUCCGUCCAUGAUAGUAGUGCCUCCAAUGCAACAGUACCAAACCAGCUAUUCUUUCACAACGCCAAAAUAUUCAGGAGCAGUAGCGAAUAGCGACUAUACAAACUAUGUAUUAAUUGCCGUCCAUCGCAGUGCCAAAGACACAAUAUUGGACAACAAUGAAUGGCUGAAUGCAGCUGGAUUAGUGAUAUGGGGAAAUAUUCCUGGGACUGAGCUAGUUGGAGCUAGUUUUAAUAUUUCGUCCGGUCGACAUUUUAUUCGUCACUUUACCUAUACUACGCCCUUUAUGGCGAUAUUGUACGGGACCGCUGAUAGGGAGUCGUAUGCCUUUCCUGUGGGCAUGAAGACUGGUGUGAUACAACAGCAACAGGUGUGCGCGGCACCGCGAAUGGUCCCGGGCGACUCCUCUGACAAUGACUGUGACGGUCAAAUGAAUGAAGAGAAGUGUGACAAAAUGGAUAAUGAUAACGACGGCAGAGUUGAUGAAGACUGUGCAGCUGCAAUCGAUGCCACGGGCAGGGACUUUGUAAUAAUGUAUUUGAACAAUAUUGUGACAGAAUACUCAGAUUAUUACGACCUAGAGUUGUUUAUAGCGACAUUCUCCACCCAAGCAGUUCAAGUGGAAGUGAGGACUCCAAGAUUUGUAUACCCUUCCGAAAGCAGAUCUGCGACAGUCAACCCCGAUCAAGUGGUUUCAAUCCCCAUAUCUGCUAACUUACGCAGUGAGGGGAACGAUGUCACCACAAAAGCUGUCCAAGUAACGGCCACUGGAGAUAUAUCAGUGUACGGUGUCAAUAAAAAGAAGUUUUCUUCAGACGCUUUCUUGGCAUUUCCAACAGAUGUUUUAGGAACGGAGUACUUCACCGUCAGCUAUUCGCCUGCUACCAUUGCUACUGAAUUUGGCGUCGUGGGUUUGCAAGACGGGACAACCGUAACGCUGGAAUUUCCCUCUCCCCCUGGCCAGACUAUCAGUGUAAGUCUUGGUGGUCGAACUUUCAGCAACGGCGACAUGUAUCAGCUUACAAUGAAUAGAUUUGACACGUUGCAUGUUCAGAGUACUUCAGACCUCACCGGAACACGCAUCACCUCAUCGCAAAACGUGGCGGCUUUUAGCGGAAACGUUAGGACCAGUAUUGGGUCUGGGAAUUCCCGUGACCAUCUUUCGGAACAAAUUCCACCGGUGUACGCAUGGGGAAGGGAGUUCGCAACUGUGCCAAUACCUGCCAGGACCACUGGCGACUAUUUUCGUGUCGUUGCUUCGAGAGACAACACCAACAUCCUGCUGCGAUACACCAGUAGUGGAGGGGGCAGCGUUUCAAAAGAAGCCGUGACCAUUACAAAAGCAGGGGGGUAUUUCGAAAAAAUCGUACCAUCGACCAAUUAUGUUCAUCUCCUUUCAGACAAGCCUGUCUUAUUAGUUCAGUUUGUUGCCAGUCAACUCUCGGAGAGCGAACCUGCCGACCCGUCCAUGAUAAUCGUACCUCCCAUGGAACAGUAUGCGUUCAAAUAUAGUUUUAGUACUCCUGUUUAUUCUGGGGGAGUGGAGGGUGGAGGCUACACACAUUAUGUCCUAGUGGUAUCACCUACGGAUCAAAUUAGUGGGAUUCUGUUGGAUAACCAAAAUUUAAGUACAAGCAAACCUGGUUUGACUUGGACACCUAUUGCCGAUACCACAUAUUCGGGGACAUUUUUCAACGUUGAAAGCGGGGUUCACCAUAUCCGGCACAGUUCAAAUGGAGUAGCAUUGAUGGGCAUUUUGUAUGGUAAAGCGAGCAAGGAAAGCUAUGGAUUUCCGAUUGGAAUGCAGUUCGAAACAAUAGCCGUUAGCUGUAACGCACCCUACAUGGUUCCUGGUGACGGGUAUGACAGCGACUGUGACGGUACGGUGGACGAGGAAUACUGUGACGGAGUUGACAAUGACAACGACGGCGAUACAGAUGAAGACUGUAAAGAAACCGUGGCUUCUAGUGGACAGGAGUUUGUCAUAAUAUUUAUGGAAAAUCAGGUGGACGUCGCACGAAACUUGCCGCUUGAAGUCUACAUCGCUAACACUUACUCAACAGUGACUUCUCAGGUGAAUGUAACGUCACCAAACUUUACACCUGCCAUUGCCGAAACCGUCACCGUUGGUCCAAAUGAAUUGAAGAAAGUCAGUCUUGGAAGGGCGAUACAAACAACUGGAACUGGUAUAAACUCCAAGGCAGUUCUCAUUCAAUCAUCCCAUGAUGUGAAUGUGUAUUCGAUCAACAGGGAACUUCAUUCGUCUGAGGGCUAUCUUGCCUUACCCACAGAUAUCUUAGGGACGGACUAUUACGUAGUAUGCUACUCUUCGUCAGUUAUUACUAAAAACUGCCAGCUAGGUAUUGCUGCGUUGUCGUCAACGGGGUCAACGACAUCGGUGACGAUAAUUUUGCCUAACAAUCCGGGAAGUCCGCUGAAUCUGACAUACAAUUCAUGGACUUAUAGAAAUGGCGACACCAUUGUAUUGAGACUUGGUAGCUAUCAAACUUUCCAAGCUCAGGCUUUUGGGGAUAUGACAGGUGCCCGUGUUUCAUCAGACAAGCCAAUUGCAGUAUUUAGUGGUAACAUCCGUACAAUCGUAGGUAAUGAAUCAAACUACCGUGAUCAUUUAGUUGAACAGCUGCCUCCCGUUAACACGUGGGGUCAAGAAUUUUUCACCGUCCCCACACCUGGUCGAACUGUAGGGGAUAUAUUCCGUAUCGUUGCAAGUAAUGAUGGAACCGUCGUCACCGUUUCUGGAAAUGGCAACGAUGAAACUGUAAAUUUGAACAGAGGGGCAUUCGCGGAACGGUCAUUUCCUUCUAAUGUUUAUACGCAUAUGACAUCUACCCAUCCUAUACUGGUGGUGCAGUUUACCAAAAGUAAAGCUACGGCAGCGAGUGAUGUUGGUGAUCCAUCAAUGGCCAUUUUGACUCCAGCCGAACAGUGGCAGUCUGAAUAUACCGUCACUUCCCUUCAAGAAUCAGGGAGCUCAGGGAUCUCCUACACCAACUAUGUACUGGUAGUCGUAGAGGCCGCGCAGACAGGCAAUUUGUUGCUGGACGGUCAAGCUCUCCCCAGCACAGUGCAGUGGACGCCAAUUCCUGGUACCUCAUAUGUUGGUGCAGCCAUUCAGCUACCCAGUGGGUCAAUGAGGCUUACACAUGCUCAGGGCAGAACGUUUAUGGCUACAGUUUAUGGAGCAGGGGAUAUAGAAAGCUUUGCCAUGUCAGCUGGUACCCGUUUGAAGACGUUAAUUCAACCAGUAAAUGGAAACUGGGGCGCGUGGCAGGCUUGGCAAAUUUGUUCAGCAACAUGCGGCGGAGGUAGCCAUUCAAGGCAACGAGUCUGUAAUAAUCCUGCCCCAAGCAACGGUGGUAGCUCAUGUAUCGGGAGUAACUUAGAAGUAGAAAUCUGCAACACUUUAGCAUGUGCAAAUGUUGAUGGGAACUGGGGUCAGUGGGGCAGCUGGAGCACGUGUUCGGUCACCUGUGGGAGUGGACAGCAGACCAGAACAAGAGAAUGCAAUGAUCCACCUCAAAGUGGCUCUGGGCAACCUUGUCCAUCAAGUGACCCAAGCUCUGAAACACAGAGUUGCACACAGUCAGCCUGCCCAGUGAAUGGGAACUGGGGUGCCUGGAAUGCCUGGUCUGGUUGUUCAGCUUUAUGUAACGGUGGCACAAGAACCAGGAACAGAGCCUGUGAUAGCCCAGCACCAAGUAAUGGUGGAUCUUCUUGUCCUGGAGAUAGGACAGAGUCUGAGCAGUGUAACACACAAGCGUGCCCUGUGAAUGGAAAUUGGGGUGCUUGGGCUAACUGGGCAUCGUGCACUGUCUCAUGUGGCGGAGGACAAAGAAGCAGGACUAGAGUGUGUGACAAUCCAGCACCUUCUAAUGGUGGAAGCUCUUGUCCAGGGAGUGCUACUGAAUCAGAACAGUGUGGAACACAGGGAUGUCCUGUAGUUGAUGGUAAUUGGGGAGAGUGGCAGGGGUGGACUCUGUGUUCUCAUACCUGUGGUGGAGGUGAGAAGUCCAGGAGACACAUGUGUGAUAGCCCUGCACCUGCAAAUGGAGGCUCCUAUUGCCCCGGACCUAAUAUUCAGACACAGGAGUGCAAUAGUUACCCUUGCCCUGUAAAUGGGGAAUGGGGAGACUGGAAUGACUGGACAAAUUGUCCAGUCACAUGUGGAAGUGGCCUUAGAACACGUUUUAGAGAAUGUAACAAUCCUAGCCCACAGUAUGGUGGUGCAUCUUGUCUUGGUUCAGCAACCCAAAGUGAACAAUGCAACACACAAGGAUGCCCGGUAAAUGGUAACUGGGGCACAUGGAGUUCUGAUUGGACACUGUGCUCAAAGACAUGUGGUGGUGGUGUCAAAUUCAGAGUAAAACUCUGUAAUAAUCCUGCACCUGCAAAUGGUGGGGCACAUUGUGCAGGAAAUGGCCUUUAUCGUCAAGACUGUAACACCAGUCCUUGUCCUGUUAAUGGUAACUGGGGUGGCUGGAGUAUUUGGAAUACAUGUAGUGUCACCUGUGGUAUUGGACAGCAAAUAAGGACCAGAGCCUGUGAUAACCCUACUCCAUCAAAUGGGGGCUUAUCUUGUCUUGGGAGUAAAACUGAAACACAAGCAUGUAGUGAUGUUGGAUGUCCUGCUGAUGGUAAUUGGGGUUCUUGGACUCCUUGGUCCUCAUGUCCUGUAACAUGUGGUGGUGGUACACAAACAAGAUCUAGACAGUGUGAUAAUCCUGCCCCAAGUAAUGGUGGGAAUCCCUGCUUUGGGAGUGGGUCUGAGUCUCAACAAUGUAACACACAAGGGUGUCAGGUAAAUGGUAACUGGGGUGGCUGGAGUGUGUGGAACACUUGUAGUGUCACAUGUGGUAUUGGACAGCAACAGAGAGCAAGAGCCUGUGACAAUCCUGCUCCUGCUAAUGGUGGCACAACUUGUCCUGGAAACAGAAUAGAUACUCAGAACUGCAGUAUUACAGGGUGUCCUGCUGAUGGUAAUUGGGGUUCUUGGACUCCUUGGUCCUCAUGUCCUGUAACAUGUGGUGGUGGUACACAAACAAGAACUAGACAGUGUGAUAAUCCUGCCCCAAGUAAUGGUGGGAAUCCCUGCUUUGGGAGUGGGUCUGAGUCUCAACAAUGUAACACACAAGGGUGUCAGGUAAAUGGUAACUGGGGUGGCUGGAGUGUGUGGAACACUUGUAGUGUCACAUGUGGUAUUGGACAGCAAAGUAGAGCAAGAGUCUGUGACAAUCCUGCUCCUGCUAAUGGUGGCACAACUUGUCCUGGAAACAGAAUAGAUACUCAGAACUGCAGUAUUACAGGGUGUCCUGCUGAUGGUAAUUGGGGUUCUUGGACUCCUUGGUCCUCAUGUCCUGUAACAUGUGGUGGUGGUACACAAACAAGAACUAGACAGUGUGAUAAUCCUGCCCCAAGUAAUGGUGGGAAUCCCUGCUUUGGUAGUGGGUCUGAGUCUCAACAAUGUAACACACAAGGGUGCCUGGUAAAUGGCAACUGGGGGUCAUGGUCUUCUUGGACCACAUGCCCAGUCAGUUGUGGAGGUGAAUCUCAAGCAAGAGCCAGGUCUUGUAAUAAUCCAGCUCCUAGUAAUGGAGGGGCUUCAUGCCCUGGGGAGGGGACUCAGUUUCAGCAAUGUAACACCCAAGCCUGCCAGGUAAAUGGUAACUGGGGUGGCUGGAGUGUGUGGAACACUUGUAGUGUCACAUGUGGUAUUGGACAGCAAAGUAGAGCAAGAGUCUGUGACAAUCCUGCUCCUGCUAAUGGUGGCACAACUUGUCCUGGAAACAGAAUAGAUACUCAGAACUGCAGUAUUACAGGGUGUCCUGCUGAUGGUAAUUGGGGAUCUUGGACUCCUUGGUCCUCAUGUCCUGUAACAUGUGGUGGCGGUACACAAACAAGAACUAGACAGUGUGAUAAUCCUGCACCAAGUAAUGGUGGGAAUCCCUGCUUUGGUAGUGGGUCUGAGUCUCAACAAUGUAACACACAAGGGUGCCCGGUUAAUGGCAACUGGGGGUCUUGGUCUUCUUGGACCACAUGCCCAGUCAAUUGUGGAGGUGGAUCUCAAGCAAGAACCAGGUCUUGUAGCAAUCCAGCUCCUAGUAAUGGAGGGGCUUCAUGCCCUGGGGAAAGGACUCAGUUUCAGCAAUGUAACACUCAAGCUUGCCAGGUAAAUGGUAACUGGGGUGGCUGGAGUGGGUGGAGCACUUGCAGUGCCACAUGUGGUAUUGGACAGAGAAGUAGAGCAAGAGUCUGUGACAAUCCUGCUCCUGCUAAUGGUGGCACAACUUGUCCUGGAAAUAAUGCUGAAAGUGAACAGUGCAGUAUUACAGGAUGUCCAGCUGAUGGUAAUUGGGGUUCUUGGACUCCUUGGUCCUCAUGUUCUGUAACAUGUGGUGGUGGUACACAAACAAGAUCUAGACAGUGUGAUAAUCCUGCUCCAAGUAAUGGUGGGAAUACCUGCUUUGGUAGUGGGUCUGAGUCUCAACAAUGUAACACACAAGGGUGUCCAGUUACUGGUAAUUGGGGGUCCUGGUCAUCCUGGGCUAGUUGCCCAGUUUCCUGUGGUGGUGGGACCCAAACUAAAACUAGGUUAUGUGAUAACCCUGCACCUAGCAAUGGUGGGAGUUCCUGCCCUGGGAGCUCAGAGAUGUCUCAACAGUGCAACACUGAAAACUGCCCUGUGCAUGGCAACUGGGGCUACUGGACGUACUGGGGCACCUGCACAGUGACGUGUGGGGGUGGAACACAGAGCAGAACCAGACUUUGUAACAAUCCAACACCCAACUAUGGAGGAGAUAACUGUCCUGGGGAAGGAAAAGUGUCUCAGUCUUGUAACACACAACCAUGUCCUGUCAAUGGGAAUUGGGGCCAGUGGGCUAGCUGGAGUCAGUGUUCUAAAACCUGUGGCACUGGGGCUCACUCAAGAACAAGAGUUUGUGACCAACCACCUCCCAGUAAUGGAGGCAUUUCUUGCCCUGGGAAUUCUCAAGAAGAUGCUUCAUGCAACACAUUUUCCUGUCAAGCUGCUGUUGGUCCACCUGGCCCACAAGGGCCCGCUGGUCCAAAAGGUCAAAGAGGGGAGCAAGGCCCAACUGGCCCUCAAGGCCUUGAUGGUUUAAGAGGACUGCCUGGACCCUUGGGGCCAACUGGUCCUCAGGGUCCUACAGGGUCUGCCGGUCCCCAGGGGCCUCCAGGCUCUCCUGGUCCUCCAGGUGAUACAGGUGCCAAGGGAGACAAAGGUGAGCAAGGUCCUCCUGGACCAUUUGGUCCCACAGGUAUACGAGGACCCCAGGGAGUGACUGGACCAACUGGACCACCUGGAUCAAAGGGAGCCAAAGGGGACCAAGGUGUGAAAGGAGAGAAGGGUAGCAGGGGAGGGACUGGUUCUCAAGGAGAAGCGGGGCCCUCUGGUUCUAAGGGAGAUAAAGGAUCUCAAGGAAUUCAGGGAGUUAAGGGUGACACAGGAAUAGCAGGUCCAGUAGGCCCUGUUGGACCACCUGGAAAUGAAGAGGUGGACGAGUGUCUGUACAACCAAGGAGAAUGUGAACAAGUUUGUGUGAACUCUUAUCUGUCUUACCACUGCAAGUGUAAUGCUGGGUAUCAACUUACAGACAACAAGAAGUCUUGCUCAGAUAAAAAUGAAUGUGAUCAGAACCAUGGUGGGUGUGAACAGCAGUGUUACAAUGCUGAAGGGACUUAUGUGUGUGCAUGCAAUUCUGGCUAUAGACUGAGUCCAGAUAGGCAUAGUUGUGAAGACAUAGAUGAAUGUGCUGUCAGUAGUGGUGGGUGUAACACAUCCCAAACAUGCAUCAAUACAAGAGGCAGUCAUAUUUGUAUAGGAACUGUACCAGGAUCUAUGGACACUUUGUCACAAACACUGCAGACCAAAAUAUCAGAGUUGACAACUCUGUCAGAGACAGUAUCACAGGUGGUCAAGGAUGGGACAGGAGUCCAAGCAUCGUCACAAGUAGGGGACUGUGGAUAUGACACAUCUCUGAUCAAUGGUUAUGUCAUUGUUGCCAUGAUCAUCUGGUUGAUUGGACUCACUGUGCUUCUUUUGAUUAUGGUAGGAUAUAUGAUCUAUAAACAAAGAAGAGAGAAAAAGAAAGAAAAGGAAGAAAAAUUUUUCAAUGGUGAUCAGACUUCUUUCUCAAGAAAUUCAAUAUUUUCUACCCCAAAUGGAUAUUAGUUUGUGAUACUUUUGGGUUUACAUUUUUGCACCUGUAAUAUCAGCGAUGUACAAAAAAGAUUUAAAAAUGAAAUUUUUUGUGUCCUUGACAAUUUUCAUAAUACAUUUUCAUGUAGACAUCAAGUGAUUUUUUGACAAUUCUUAAAAUAUUAGUUUUUAUUAAGUGAAAGUAACUUUGCACGGAGCUGGAAUAUAAUUUUCUUGAACUGGUCAGUUGAAAUAUAAAAAAUGUACAUAUUUAAUAUGAAUUUUCUUGACUUGAAGGCCAAAGUUUAAGUACAUGAUUUAAGUGCCAUGUAUAUUGCAGCAUUUGCCACAUACAUCCUGAAUGUGCACUUGUAUAAUCCGUCCAUAAUAAUUUAUGCAAUGGAAGUGACACAAGAGUUUUUGCAUAUUAUUUAUAUUGAUGUGAUUAUUUAAAGGAAAAUCUUUUAUCACAUCAUAACAGUGUCAGAAGCAGAAGUCUUUUACAUAUACAUAUUGCUGUAUGACAUACUGGGUAUGUUUAUGUUUUUUACUUGCUGUUCAUGUUGAAA